UUGUGUCAUAUAUUUCAUAGUUUUGGAUUGGAUUAUAGCCUAAUGUCAGUAGUUAUUCAUCAGAUUAUUUUUGUAUUAGUUACGGGAGUGUUUAGUUUAUUUCCCAGCUGUAGUAAUCUAUAAUUUACCCGUAUGAAUGCUGUCAACGUGUGUGUGGUGUGUAGGGUCGAAGUUUCACAAGAGAUUUUAGGCUAACAAGUUGUAGUUGUACUUGUAGUUGAAGUUGAGUAUUGUCUCAGGCCUUGGCCUGAGUACAUGGUUGGUAUGUGACUAGGUUAAUAUACCCUAUUUUUAUUAUAUACGAACUACAAAGACUUUCAAAAAUUUACUAUAUCUUUAAAGUACUGACUGAAGCUCGCGAGGUCCUAUCUUAGUUAGUAAUGGCUCCUCCUGCACAUUCAGCUUCAUCUCACAGCUCUGGGAGGAAAAGAAAAUCUUCAAAUUCUUCUAGUAGUAGUGAUGACGAGGAUAAACAUUCUAAAAGUAAACACAGUAAAAAAACAUAUGAAUCACGUCAUGAUUCAAGCAGAGAUCAAAGAGGUAACAGUGUAAAACAUGAAUCAAGCCAUGAAAAAAGGAAUGAUAGUAGCCGAUACAACCUUAAUCAUGUCAGGCGGAGUGAAAGUGUAGCAAGCUCAAAACAUGAGGGAAGAUGGAAGCAUGAUAAAUGGAAGGAAUUAGAUGAUGAUAAAUUUAUAAGACCAAUGGAUCGGGUCCAGAAAGAUGAUUCCCGAAGAGACCGUCGUAGUCAGUCAAGGUCUAACUUCCACAGAGAAAGAAACCACAGUUCGGCCAUGGAGGAUUUUAUGGAUCAUAGAAGACUUGAACGAGAACGAAUCACUUUAGUUGGAGUCGAUCAAGUCUGGGCAAAGUCCCCUGCACAUGCAGAAGACACCGAUGAUGAUGCUGAUGCAGCAAAAUCUGCAGCAAAACAUGCACUAUUUGAUGUCAGCACUACAAGUAAAAAGAAGAAGAAGAAGAAAACUGACAAAAAGAAAAAAUCAAGUAAAAAAGCAAAAAAAGAAAAGAAAAAACACAAGAAGAAAAAAAAGAAGAAGGCUUCAAGUUCAUCGAGCUCUUCUGACUCGGAGCAAGAAUGGGUUGAGAAACCAGCAACAAACACAGCCUCUGGAUCCGAGGACGAAGUUGUCGGACCUGUACAGAAAGACAAGGUGACAUUGACGAUGAAGGACUACGGUAAGGCUCUUUUGCCGGGAGAAGGAGCAGCAAUGGCCGCAUAUGUGGCUGAGGGGAAACGUAUUCCUCGCCGAGGAGAGAUCGGUCUCACGUCUGACCAGAUCGCAUCCUACGAGUCUGUCGGUUACGUCAUGAGUGGAAGCAGGCAUCGAAGAAUGGAAGCUGUACGUAUUCGUAAAGAGAACCAGAUCUAUUCAGCUGACGAGAAAAGAGCUUUGGCCAUGUUUAGCAAGGAGGAGCGUCAAAAACGAGAGAACAAAAUCCUCACUCAGUUCAGAGACAUGGUUAGCAGCAAACUACAAAACGAGAAAAAUUGACAUUUAUGUGUUUAUAAAUAGACUACUAUGAAAUGCUUCAAACUGUACAUAGUCCUAGUGUGGAAUAAGUAAACAUUUCAAAUCUUACAA